AUGAGUGAGUAUCAUGAUAUGGAGGAAGACAAUCAUUUCUUCAACGAUUCUUCAUUAGAAGCCUCUAAAGAAAUACCGCGUACACUAUUCUCGCCCAUAAUUCAAGUUUCAGAGGACGACGAAGAACGUAACAAAGCCGCUGAAUUUUCAAACAAAAAUAAUCUUGAAGUGCCAGCUGUUUUAUUGUCACCUUGUGCGCGAACAAGCAGGUCUGAACAAAGUUUGAUAAGAAGAAAUUCGAAAGAGUUUCUCGCUCCGCCAUCAUUACAAAAUGUCUCUAUGAUUUCAUUUAGGCCUAGGAAAUUAUCGCUCUCUGUUCCUUCAUCUCCAUCAACUUCUGAGUUUUCACUUGACAACGACGCAAGUGUCUGCCAAGACCAUACGGCAAAAAACGAGAGUAUUCAUCAUGCUGAUUCAAACAGCCGACUGUCUUGUAAAAGUGCUGACGAAGUACCUCUCGCCUGCUCUUGUAGCGUUCAAGACAUUUCCGUGGAAUUAGCGCGAGAUUCUUCAGCUUCUUUGAACAGAUCGGGAGAAAUUUUGACUAAGCUGAACGAAGGCGGUGUUUGUUUACCUGUUGCCCGUUCCACACCGAACUUACAUCGGAACAAAUCAACCUGUUGCGGGCAUCCGUCCAAACAACUUUGUUGUUUAAUAGCCACAAAUUACACACCUAUGUCAACACCAAGUUCAGAAGGUUUAUCUUUCGAAUUUUCAAACCAAAUUCUCAACGAGGAAGUCAUAGACAAAGACACUCUGGCUGACGAAAUCGUCUCUCCAGUGGUGUGCGACACAUUCAUAAACAGAAACGAAUCGGAAAAUGACUUGAAUCGUCUUUCGACAACCAAACCGAAGAGAUCCUCGAGCGUGGAUACACAAAGCUGCACUACACCACAAAACGUCCCAAUUCCAAUGAGUGGAUCUACUUGUAAACAAUUAUCGACCCCUAAUUUAAGGCUCUACAGCAAUCCCCUUGCAGUUCCAGCGCCUCGAGAAUGGAGAUCAAGUGCAAAGUCUGUUGCUUCAGUAGGGGAUAGGUUGAAAGUUGAACAUUCAGGCGAAAGAUUAAAAAACCUCUCGAGCGCCAGGUUGAAGAAAAAGUCAUCAACGUUUCUUCAUCCAGACAUGGCCCAUUUUUCCGACUCAAACCAUUCUUCAGAGGGAAGUUCAAAAUCUCUAUUGCAAGAUCGUCCUUCCGAAGUUUCCUAUCUUAAAAGGAAAAAAUAUUCAGAUCAGAAAUUUACGCAUGCAUCGUGUAGCAUCAACAGUUCUACAUCUUCAGCAUUUGCGGAAUCUUCAGGUAGAAGCGAAACGUCCAUAAUGAAAAGUUUUUUGUCGCUAAUAUCUCCGUCGAAAUUUCUCUCCAAGUUCCACAGCUCCUCCAAACAUAGCAUCCGCAGUACGAAUUCGCAUUCGUCUCGUCGUAAACGACCAGAAAUUGAUUUCCCCGACGACGACAAAAUUGUUGUUCUGAAUGUGAGUGGCAGACGUUUCCAAAUUCGAGAUUAUUUUCUUUCCAUCUAUCCAAACACAUUGCUGGGAAGUAAAGCAAGAAAUAUUUUUUAUGAUAAGAUCAAGAACGAAUUCUUUUUUGACCGCGAUCCAGACACCUUUCGCUACAUUUGGAACUUUUAUCACUCUGGACAGCUCCAUUGUCCGCGAGAUGAUUGCGUCCAAUCUUUCUUAGACGAAGUGGCGUUUUUCGGGUUGGACAUUAGUAUGCUUUGUGAGUGCUGCUGGUUCGAGACGUUUGAAGCAGCUUACGAAAGAUUAAAUAAGAGACGAGAGGAACAAGAAGCUAAGGAUAAAGAAGCCGCAAAGGCUGUCCAUAGCAUUGAUCCAAACGCCUCCUUUAGAGAAAAGGUUUGGCUUACACUUAAAGAACCGUCUGUUUCUUUAUAUGCGAAGAUUUUUUAUCUGAUAAGUGUCACCGCAAUUGUGAUCAGCGUGGUGGCAAACACGACUGAAACAAUCGCGUGUAAAGGAACGAUACGAAUUUGCAAAGAGGAAAACGAGAACACUUAUUUCUAUAUUGAUACAGUCUGUGUAGGUUUCUUUACGUUCGAGUUUGUCUCGCGGUUGUUAACUUGUCCAAGCCGUCUUAAAUUUAUCAUCAACCUCAUGAGUAUCGUGGAUCUGCUCGCAAUUCUGCCGUAUUACAUUGACUUGAUCUUAAACGCUCUGUCGUUUGACGCCCAACUCGGCAUGAAUGCUCUAGUGGUGCUACGAGUUUUAAGGAUACUUCGCAUCUUCAAACUACUGCGCCAUUCUAAGAGAUUAAAACAGUUGAUCCAAAGUAUGAAGGAUUCUGCCACUGAGUUAGGCCUGAUAGGAUUCCUGUAUAUGGUCAUGGUUAUUUUAGUUUCGAGUAUCAUCUAUUUCGCCGAAUAUUCCGAGGACACACAGUUUUCCAGCAUUCCCGAAGCCAUGUGGUACGCAGUGAUCACAUCAACUACAGCAGGGUAUGUAAAGAUAAGGAUAAGUUGAAAAAUAAGUUCCAAAAAUCGCAUAACUUUAUCGUAUUUCCAGUUGAAAGCUUUUUAACAGAUUACGCCGGUGACAUACCAUGUGAUUUUAUUCUUUGAUCCCGGCUAUCGGCGGAAAUCAUCGCUAAGUUUACCUUGUGCAGCGAUGGCGGUGUCCACUGAUUACCGCGAUAGGUGUUCAAUAUUGUCGACACGCCAAGCUUUAAUUUCAUUUCAAUAUCGCUAUACGCCGGCUGCUUCUGUUUCCGUGAUUUUAUCAUCGCUGCGAGUACGUCUAUCAGUUUAUCACGACCGGGAACGGAGGUUUUUGGUUUUUAAUUGAAGUGCCUCGUCGUCGCAACAAAUUUCGCCGCGAAAAAGGGUAUCCGUCGCCAUGUGUGUCGCCGGCCUUGAGUCAGCUUCUUCAGUCGAAACGUUUGCGAGAUUGUGGCCAGGUCACCUGUUGGUGACGGCUUGUAUUGGACCCUCGGUGAUACACUGAAAAAUUUGGUUCAUCAGUAAAGUUUCCCCUUAAAGCUAUUUAAUAAAAAUAUCAUUUAUAUCUAUAAUAACGUUUACAUGCGUUUUUUUGCAAGGUUGCUCUGCACAUGAGUUUUUUUCAGCUAUGCCCGCAACAUAACCUAGGAUUGUUACUUUUUCUUAUUCAAGUUAUGGUGAUAUCAUACCCGUGACGCUAGCUGGUCGGCUGGUGGGAAGCGCCUGUUGUCUGUUUGGAGUGCUUGUCAUUGCUUUACCUGUACCCAUUCUGCAGUUCAAGGUAAGGUAA